UAAAACGCGCCAUGAAUAGAACUUCUGAAGUAAGUAAAGAAAAGUCGAAGAAGAUCUGAGAUUUCAAAAUCUUAGGAGGAGAGAGAGUGAAAACCAAAGACGACGAAGAAGAAGAAAUAGAGAUCUGAUUAAAUCUCAACCGUCAGAUCAUUCCACCAUGAGUUCACUCUCAUCAUCUUCAGGAUGUUACAGUGGCAGGGUGGAUCUGGGUUUACGAAAUUAUGCAAAGGUCUUGCUGUAGUAAUCAUUGGCAGUUCUGCUGUUGUUCAAAUUAUCCCAUCUGUCAUUCCAUACGUUGCACUUAUUCCCGCUAGGACGAUUCCUUUUGCGUGGAAUUUGAUUACAGCUGGUUACAUUGAGCAAUCGAUAUUCCAGGCGGUGGUUAGUACAAUUGGUCUUCUUUUCAUUGGGAGAGUGCUUGAACCAAUAUGGGGUUCAAAGGAGUUUUUGAAGUUUAUCUUUGUUGUUAACUUCUUAACAUCUGUUUGUGUUUUCGCUACGGCUAUUGCUUUGUACUACAUUACGACAAAGGAGAAUUACCUGUAUACACCAAUUUCUGGAUUCCAAGGAGUUCUUAUCGGAUUCCUGGUGGGCAUUAAACAAAUUUUACCUGAUCAGGAAUUGUCUCUCCUACCGUCAUUCAAGAUAAAAACAAAGUGGUUGCCAUCCUUCUUGCUACUUCUAUGCAUACUCUUGAGCUUCUUCAUAGAAGAGUCAGCAUCAUACCUUCCAACCUUCCUAUUUGGCGCAUAUAUGAGUUGGAUUUACCUAAGGUAUCUUCAGAGGAAGCCGGAAACAAGCCUUAGAGGGGACCCAAGUGAUGAAUUCUCCUUUUCCUCAUUCUUUCCUGGUGCUAUGCGACCUGUUAUUGAUCCCGUUGCAUCUCUGUUUGAUCGGAUGCUCUGUGGAAGAUCUCAAGUUACUAAUGAUUCCAGCGAUGGCUAUACCUUAGGGGCCACCUCAUUGCCUGGUUCUGGCCCCAUUGAGGCAUCCAGGAGGAGAGAAAGAGGAGCUAGAGCACUGGAAGAAAGAUUAGCAGCUGAUGGCUUGGUAGCUGUGGGUGAGAAAGAAGAUGACCUUUCACACAGAGAUGCGGCGGAAAAUGUUUGAAUGAACUCCAUGGAUAUUCCCCCUUAGAUAGUAAAGUUUGCUCAUAGUUAGAAGAUUAGGAAUGUCGUACAUUUUCGCAAAUUUUGUUUGCUGCUUUUCCUUCUCCCCAUGAAAAGCUAUACAAAUGUUAUAAAUUGAAAUACCAGAUGAUGUUACCAGAUAGUAAAUGGAAACAUGUGAAGAUUUGUAGGUUGCUAUUUCUAUUUUAUGUUGUACGUGUUUUCUGGUGACACUUUCACUUGAAUAGCCAUGAUUUAACCGUUCCAAUCUCUUCAUUCUGAUAUAAAUGAAAUGUUAACAACCUUUUGCAUCA